GGCCGACACUGAGCGCACAAACACUCAUUUCUGCCUCUCCUCCUGCUCGCACGCUCAUCGUAGCACGCUGUCCUGUUGCUGCAGCCUCAGCCUCUCUGUCUCUCCCGUUACACCCUCCUCAGUCCCCCUCCCCCUCACUUUCACACACAUGCGUACCUGCGCUGCCGGAGGGGCUUUUCACCGCAACUUUUCCUGAGGUGCUCGCGUGUGGUUUUUGGGGGAGAGGCGGGUGUCCGGUGUUUCCUCUUUCCUUCUGCUCUUCCUCCUGGAAUGAUAAAACUAGGCUGAUGGACAUUUCCGAACUUUGCAUCCCUGAUUCUCUCAGCUAUCAUAACCAGCUGUUGAACAGAAUGGCCGUUGAAGAGCGGCACAUGCCAUCCAGCUGUGGCUCCUAUAUAAAGACUGAACCGUCAAGUCCCUCGUCUCUGGUGGACACCGCCAGUCACCCCAGUCCAGGCGCUCACUCCGACGCCAGUGGCAGCUACGCCAGCGCAAUCAACAGCCACUCCAACGGCCUAGACUCUCCUCCCAUGUUCACGACCGGUGGGCCGUUAGGCGCGGCAGCGAACGCAUGCCGCAAACGUUACGAGGACUGUUCCAGCACUUUACUGGAUGACCCAGGAUCCAUCAAAUGCGAGUACAUGCUCAAUUCCAUCCCUAAACGCUUGUGCCUGGUGUGUGGAGACAUCGCGUCGGGCUACCACUAUGGCGUGGCGUCCUGUGAGGCGUGCAAAGCCUUUUUCAAGAGAACAAUACAAGGUAACAUCGACUACAGCUGUCCGGCCACCAACGAGUGCGAGAUCACAAAAAGAAGACGCAAGUCCUGUCAGGCAUGCCGCUUCAUGAAGUGUUUAAAAGUGGGCAUGCUAAAGGAAGGUGUGCGUUUAGAUCGAGUACGAGGAGGCAGACAGAAAUACAAAAGGAGAAUGGAUGCAGAAAACACAGCUUACCUGGGGCUCACACUCCCUCCACCAGCCAAAAGACCAUUGACGAAGAUCGUGUCCCACCUGCUCGUAGCGGAGCCAGAGAAGAUCUACGCCAUGCCAGACCCCAGCAUGCCCGAGAGCGACAUCAAAGCCCUGACCACGCUGUGUGACCUCGCCGACCGCGAGCUGGUCGUCAUCAUCGGAUGGGCCAAACACAUCCCAGGUUUCUCGAGUCUGUCUCUGGGAGACCAGAUGAGUCUACUGCAGAGCGCAUGGAUGGAGAUCCUGAUCCUGAGUAUUGUGUUCCGCUCGCUGCCGUACGAGGAUGAGCUGGUGUACGCUGAGGAUUAUGUGAUGGACGAGGAGCAUUCGCGACUCACGGGUCUGUUCGACCUUUACGUCUCCAUACUGCACCUCGUCCGCAAGUACAAGAAACUCAAGGUGGAGAAAGAGGAGUUUGUGACGCUCAAGGCCAUCGCGCUCGCCAACUCUGACUCCAUGCACAUAGAGGACGUGGAGUCGGUUCAGAAGCUCCAGGACGCUCUUCAUGAAGCUCUGCAGGACUACGAGAGCUGUCAACACACAGAAGACCUUCGACGAGCCGGAAAACUGCUCAUGACGCUGCCUCUGCUGCGACAGACCGCAACCAAAGCCAUUCAACACUUCUACAGCAUCAAGAUGCAGGGCAAGGUGCCCAUGCACAAACUCUUCCUGGAGAUGCUGGAGGCCAAAGUCUGAUUGGCCGGCCACAGCAUCAUCCUGUGACAUCAUCAAGGCUCCAGCGAAUGAGUUGUGACAGAGACACACUGGCUAGGGAGCACGCACGGUCUUCCGACGGACACGCAGGUUGCAGACGUUCCUCUCAUGUGUCCUUGAGACAUGAGACAUUUUUAAAGACAUGAAAAAACAAAAAAAUAUAUAACUUAGUUAAAAGUAUAAAUAUAAAUAACAAAAAAAAUGAUAAUUUAAAAAUCUAUAACAAAUUAUAUGUACUUGUACAGUAAUGCUUUUUUUUUUUUUUUUCAUGAUCUGUGGUUAUAUAUGAUGAAAGAAACUUCUGCAAGUCAUUUCAGAGUGAACUGUCUCACAUACUGUUGGUGGUCAUUUGAUUUGGUUCUGCUUUCAAAAACCUUUCCCUCUGUAUGUUUCACAAAUAACCCCACGUUGAACAUAUAUAAUUGUUCAGCGCCCCGGACAUCACUAUGACACCUUGAGGACUUGUAAAUAUUCAAGGCAAUGAGCUGUGGGAUGAGGCCAUUGAGUGGACAAUGAAACGUUGGACAAAAUUCAGCCAUUUGUUGCCCGGAACUGACAUCCUUAAAUAUACCUCUAUGGAAUGGUGAAUCCUGGUCUUCUGGAAGUCUCAUCCUAUAUCCGGGAGGACAAACAUUAGUAACAUGAUUCUCCUGUCGCCGGGACUUGAGUCAGCAUACUCUGUAGUAAAUCAGCAAUAAAGUCAACAGCUGGUUGACGUCCAAUGAACUUCUUUGCUUGUCAUGCAAGAGGGUGAGGUACGUCCUCCUCCUGUGUUGCACUGUACUCCUUUUUUAACCUACUUGUUUUUAUUGUGGUUGAAGUUUUGGCCUAAAUUCAGUUGAUGUGGCAAAGCUGGCACUCUUAUGUUAGCUGGUGAGUCUUCACGGGGUACCCAAUUUUGCCCCUGUGAAGGUAGGGGUCGAGCGAGGGAUCAUUGGGUAAAGUGGGCUUUAGAUGGAGGGAAGAAGGCUUCAAAGGAUUUACGAUGAGUGGCAGAAGUCCAUGAGAUUCCUUGUUCAAACAAUCAGACACCAUAUGUCAAACAGCCUAUUUUGGGCUCGUUAAGCCACUGGCAGAGCCAAACCGCUCAGAGAGGAAACGAGGUGCUCAUCAUCUGCUUGGACCCCUGUAGAGGCUGCCAGGACUUUUAUAGCCAUGUAUCCAAAUAAAGGUGGGCAGGUGCAGGUCUUUAUCACCAGCUUUAUUUUUAGGUCUUGGAAGAUGACUGCGGUCUAAAUAGUGGGAGUCUCUGACCACAUGUUGAAGCAAUAGCAUUGUUACACGCUUCUAAAAUGGCAGCCCCUUAUUACACCUUUGGUCCACUUGAAGUUUCUGGCUGUGAGAACCGCCAGAGAUGAUGACCCUAAACCACAACGUUCAGUCAGACUGCGCUCCAUUCAACUCAGAGUUCCCAAUCUCCUGCUUGGCAUAGUGCAAUAAAAUGCCAUUUGAAGUCAGGUUUCCAACAUGGAAACUCUGGGAAAGCUAUUCUAAUCCUUUGUCUGCAACGUCAUGGAACAUUGCGGAACCCAGAAAGGUGUACACAGUUAGCAUUAAACAUAAAGCCCUUUUCCAACAAUGGGCCAAAUGGUUCUGAGCAUAGUGAGUCAUUGAUCAGCUAGCAUUUCCUUUGGAGCAUGGUUCAGUAUGGUACAAUUACAAACUGUACCCGGCCAGGAUAUCUAGGCUGGUGGAACCCCUGUAGUGAUGUGGCUAUUCACGACUGGUAAAUCAGUUAGUCCAUUCUAAUCCUGAUUUCACAGUACCACAGUGCAAAAAGAUUGAUAUGCAACGGCACGGUUCAACAACGAAAACCAUUUGGAUCGAUGGUGGAAAGGUGGCUUUUGACUUUUUAGCAAAUAAAAAUGAAUCAAUGAUGAGGAAGUUACUACUGUAUUUUACAUUAUAAUAAAACUUGCUUAUCAGACUAAUCAAACAUCUGCAGCUUAUGAAUCACAGUCAAUUCAAUUGUAAGUUGAUAAUCGUACACCUACACUACAAAACAAAUAUCAGUGCUUUGGCCGUUUGGUUUUUUUAUGACAUUUUAUAAGCAUCGGACAACAGAAUGCUUUGGUCAGAAGUUGUAGAUCUCAAGAAGGAUAUCCCACAUCCUGACUGAUCUCACUGUGAAUUUGGCAAGAGUUUGUAGAGAGUUCUGUUACAAAACCAGCCUGUACUUACCGUAACUGUGAGCAAAGCUGGAAGUGUCGCUGAACGUAUCCAGUGUUGGGGUGAAAUGUCCAGAGAGAGGUGCCAUAAGCGAGUUGUAUUUUUUAGUUGUAAAUAAUGUAAUACAGUCAACAGGAAUGCAUAUUUUAUGAACUCUACCACCUAACCCAAACCCCAACCCAAUGGAGUACAAAUGAAAUUUUAGAUUGAAAAUGCAACCUCUGUCAGUAGAACCAAAGGGAGAGGUGAUCACAUCUGAAGUGAGCAAAAAUUUCUAAUCUGCAUUUGCGUACUUGCAUAGACUCUCAGGCCUGCAUGAAAAUGACGUGACUGUAUCAACAUUUUUGCAAAAUUAUAUGGCAUGGUUCAUUACAUGUUUUGCGGCAGUGCCGAGACGAAAUGUCCCCUGUGUGGCACUAAAAGCAAGUUAAAAUUUCGGUUUUAUCGACCUAGCCUAAAUCUUAAAUUAUGAACUGAUAAUCUGACAUUUUUCUUGUGCUUUGUGUAAGAGGGUGUAAACAUCAUUGUUUUAGUGCCUCAGUUUUCAUUUCACCAGGAAACUGCAACGAUACUUACAACAAGCCACCUAAAAAUCAUUUCGCAAAAAUGUAGGAAUGUGAUUCUAUGAGACCUGGUUGGGAGAACCUUUCAUGAAACAAACUUUACACCGGGUUCACACAUCCUCCGUGACUGGGGCGUGAGCAGCGUGUUUUACUUUCGGCAGAUGACACAGUUUAGUGAGGUGAAGGGUCUCAGAUGCGGAUAGUUUCGGUGUUGAGCCUAUUUAGCCGCGGGGCUCACAAUGAGCUCAGCGGCUCUCGGCAGUCCAACGCUAAAAUAAUCAAGAGAAUAUAAAGAAAACAGUAAAGCAAAUCUAAAUUAUUCAAACCGAACCUAUAGUACACUACAAUUUAUAUGUCUGCAUGCAAGAAAGCUCAAUAAAAUAAAUAAAGAAUUAAUAAACAGCCGGACCUUUUGCCAUUCUGUGUAUAGUAUGUAGACGUACAGUAUAGACACAAAAUUAACCAAUCACAACCAAGUGUGCUGACAAAGAUGAAGUGCACGUGACUGCCCGCUGUUGUCCUUGAAGCAGCAAUAACCUCAGUUUAAAAUGACCUUAUUAAAGAUGUAAUUUGGCGUAGGACCCCACAGAUGACUUAAUUUCUUGCGUAGAGGCGCUGCUGUUUCUCACGGAAGAGCCGCGGUCAAUGGGAACAUCCAACGCUACGGCCACACUCACGCGCCUCUCACGGAGGAUGUGUGAACCUGCCAGUAAGCGUUCCUGCUUAAGUGCAGACAGCGCUCUUUUAUCAUACUUAAUUUUGUUUCAAAUCUGUUGAGGAUGGUCCAUACAUCGCAAACACAACACUUAACAUGGACAUUAAUGAACAAAUAUGCAACAUUCACAUAGCUACCUCAUCACUUGUUUGGACAAACUGUAAAUAGUCAAAACUCCUUGUUACCUUUUCACAAUGCCCUUUAUUUAGACUGUUGUCAGCAGGCUGUUCGGUUGUUUUUGUGCGAGCAUUGUGACAGAGUAUCUGGUAUUAAAAGAAAGGUAGUCGAUAACUAGGUUAGCUCUGCCUGCAGUGCUGUCGGCUAUUUACAUCCGCUCCAUUAUGUGUAGAUCACACCACACACCAAACACACACUACAUAUCCUUUCUUGGGUGCUCAAUGUUUUUCUCUUUUUCUUUUGACAAUGGGAUAAUAGUCAACUUUAUGUUCUAUGAAAAAUACAGAUCUGUGCUAAAUGUUUUUAAGAUAUAUAAUCCUUUAUUUGUACAUCUCCCGUCAUGUGUUCCUACUGAAAAACCACAGUUUUUCUGUCUGCUUAAACAUCUUGUGUAGUUUGAACUGAGCAUGAUCAGGUCCGAAUUGGUCCCUCAAUGGUCACGUCAAAAUGACGAAAGCUUUUCUGUUUCUCCUAAUGAUAUUCAUUGUGUAUGAUACUGUAUAUCACUUUGGUCACGCUGUACAAUAAUAUUGUUCAUUUAACAAAGAACUGUCAAAUUCUUUUUUAUGUAAAAAAAGAAAAGGUAAUGAAGAAAAGAUGU